AUGGCGUGUCCAGCAGGCUACACAGAAAAGGAUCUUCAUUUGUUGAACGGUGUUGAGCACUACAGCGUUAAUAAAAAUGACGUCGAGAAAGCGACUGCUGCAUUUAAGCAAAUUUGCGAACCAGAUAUCUUGAGAAAGGAGAUCAUGCCAGAACCAGUCAUGUUCUUGGCGAGCCAGUAUUCAAUCCUUAUGCAGUGGUGCAAAUACGGCCUAGCGAGGGGAUCAUUGGAGCAUAGCGACUUUGCGAACAGAGUUCUCAGGCGGCUUGUGAACACAACACGAUACCUCAACUCUGUUGUCUACGGGACUGCAGAGGACCAGGCUCAUAUUGCGUCAGUUAUUCAUCGAUACCACGCCGUUGUCAAAGCCGACAAGGACAGCGAAGGUGAUGCUUAUUACGCCGACGACCCAGAGUUGCACAAGUGGACUGCGGCAACACUGUUUGUCGCUUUCUACGAUGUGUACGAGAUGUUCUUUGGACCCAUGUCCAGACCGAAAAAAACCAAGCUCAUGAAAGAGUGCGCGGUUUUCGGCACAGGAUUGCGGAUGCCCCCUGAGAUGUGGUUCGAAACUCUUGAAGAAUUCUAUGCCUACUGGAACCACAACGUCGAGACUCUGGAGGUGACACACUGGGCGAGAGAGCUUGCUAACAUGUUGAUGUAUCCAAAGCUGCCCUGGAUCUUAGCUCCCGGAAGCAUCCCUUUCACUCACUACAUGCGCGUUAUGACCAUUCAUUUCUUGCCUCCUAGAAUCAGGGAGGGAUAUGGUUUCAAAUAUGGCAAGUUCAAGAGAUUCGAACAUCAGAUUUUCGAGCCAUCUACCAAGAUUGUGGUCAGAAUGACGCCAAAACCUAUUCGGCAUGCGCUCGUCAAGCCUGGAGUUUGGGAUAUGAAGAAAGCCGCGAAGAGGAUUGAGAAGAACGGGAAAUGGUAA